AAAGAAAUCCAUGCGUAACAUUCACGAAGCACGCUUUUAAAAUGGCGGACGUUCUUGAGGUUGAUGUCGAUAAGGCAGAAUUCUUUGAUGAUGAAGGCGAAGAUGAUGUUCAGAGGGUAAAACAGGGUGCAAAGAAGCGAAAAGGACGAGGUUUUACUGGUGAAAAGACGACUGGCGAUGACUCUUACGAAGCUUUAGAAUCUGGACAAGGUGGAGAUAGUGGGCCAGCGAGAUCUGUCGAAGGCUGGAUAUUGUUCGUUACAAACGUCCAUGAAGAGGCACAAGAGGACGAUAUCCACGAGUUAUUUUCAGACCACGGAGAAAUAAAAAAUCUCCAUGUAAACUUGGAUAGAAGAACAGGAUUUCUAAAGGGAUAUGCACUUGUUGAGUUUGAAACAUUCAAGGAAGCACAAAGUGCACUGGAAGCUUUGAAUGGAACUCAACUACUUGAGCAAACAAUAUCUGUUGAUUGGGCAUUUGUCAAAGGUCCAGGAAAAAAGAGCAGGGGAGGAAGAAGAUGACAUCAUCAAGAAGUCCAUUUUAUUUUAUACAGUAAUGUUUCAUUUCAUCCAUGUACAUGUGUCAGUUAAUGUAGUAUGUAAAUUCUAAGAUGGUUUCUCUGUUUUGUUUAAGCUAWCAURUACCUAUGAACGUUUUCACYCAAUUUUUGGGAGUCCUGUWAAUUGAAUUUUGGUUCAAAUUUGGACAURAACAGAGGUAGCAGUGAGUCRACUGAUUAGCUGCCUUAGGCAACUUUCAUACUUUUCUUUCAAAAUGUAAUAAGUCUAAAACAGAUURCAUUUUAGUGUGAUUUAUACAUUCUUUGUAUUUCCAUCAUCAAAAAAGGUWAAAAUACCUUAUCUUUCYAGACUUACAAUGUGUCAAGCCUUACCGUAGCUACUAACUUGAUUUGUUUAAUACGUUUAUCGUUUAGCUCACUUUUUAAACUCCUGAUUCACAACUUAAGCAUUCRUUCUUGAAUGUUUUAGCAGUGUGAAUACCUCCACAAGCUGUGGAUUAAUAAAGUCACAGUACUAUGAAAGAAAAUAAUUCCUAGUUGACUGGUUAUUUUGUACAAAACUUAGCUUGUGUGGCAACAGUACGGUGCGUCACAUGGMAAGCUUAUAGGCCAUUGUAUAAGUCUGUYWAUUGAYAGCCAUAAACAAGCRUUUAGCUGAUAAACAUUUUUUACUAACCAACAAAMACCUAUAUUAUGUUCUAACAUUGAAACUCGGACUACUUACUAACUGUUUUUGAUUAGCUGAAAAUUGUGGUGUUAUUAUUUUAUAUAUAUAGAUAUGGAGAUUAUUACAAUUAUACUUAUGCUUGUAAUAAGGAAGUGAUCGAGUAUGAAUAAACAUAUUUGGUAUA